UCUCCACAGCUACCACCAAGAAGUGAAGAAAGUUAUAGAUGCAGCCCAAGGUAGCUGGGAAARAUUCAAGGAGGGAAUGCAGAGGAAGUACCGCCUGGGAGAUGGACUGUUGACCACUGCGGACCUCGAGGCAAUGAACAAAGAGGAUUUUACGACGAUAGGGGCUUUUGUUGAAGAAUUUAAGAAGAGGGCGCGGAAGGUCCAUGGGAUUUCGGAGGAAGCACAGUGCGCCAUCUUCCUGGGGCUACUCACGACAUCGGAGGCCGUCGAGUUGACGAGGCAUGGAGGAGGUAGCACCAAGCUCACCUGGGCCACUAUUGACAGAGGGGUGGAAGUUGGGUGUGGACUCAGUGGAGCAACGUCAGGUACGCCUACAAAGGCAAAAGAGAAAGGAAAGAGAUGCGACCGCUUCUGGGACCCCGGGGGUAACAAGGAUUGUUACAGACGUAUUGGCACAGCUGGGGUAUGCGACAGAGCCGGUGGUGCAAAGGAGGGUAGUAACGGCUGUCCAAGUGAAAGGAACGGAGCCGGUGAUAGAGGAGGCUGUUUAGGAGGAGCUCUGGGAAGAGGAAGAGUCGGUGCCGCAACGCCUGAUGAAGGCCCAACGCAAAGACCAUGUCGUAUCAACGAAGGGAAUGAGGGAAAGUUGAUUAUAGGGGAACCCGACUUCCUGCUGCCUCAGGAGCGGACAUUGAUGGUGGAGUUGAUAAAGAGGAGGCAUCGCGCCUAUGCGUUUAGUGACGAGGAGCGUGGCAGGCUGGAUGUGGACAAAAUACCUAUGAUCCGCAUCCACACCGUGCCACACGAGCCUUGGAACAUGAGAGGGGCGCGAUAUCCUAAUCCUGACGAGAAAAAGAAGGUGGUGGAGUACCUCGACGGCAAGAUACGUACGCACGUCGCCGACUAUUCGAGUGGACCUUAUGCAUCCCCGUGGUUCUGCUUCAUCAAGCCUAAUGGGACGCUGCGGUGGGUGCAAGAUUUGCAGAGGCUGAAUGCGGUGACCGUGCGGGAUGCAAGAGGACUGCCAAAUGCGGACGCUCUGUCAGAAUCCUGUGCUGGAAGACCUAUAAUCUCAAUUAUAGACCUUUACUCAGGAUAUGAUCAGUUUCCGGUCUACCCGCCGGACAGGCCGGUGACGGCUAUGCAUACACCGCGAGGACUAAUCCACAUGAACGUGGCCCCACAAGGGUGGACCAACGCGGUAGCAAUGGUCCAACGGGCCAUAAUUCGGGCUAUGCAGUCAGUCAGCCCCCAUAUCACACAGCCAUACAUCGACGAUUUGGCUGUGAAGGGGCCGGCAGUGAAGGAGAGCGACGAAGUCUCGCCAAGGGUAAGGCGCUUUGUUUGGAAGCACGUCCAGGACCUCGAAAAGAUCCUGAGCCUGCUCGAGGAGCAUAACCUCACGGCGAGCGGGGCCAAAUCCAGACACUACAUGAGGGAAGCAACUAUCUUGGGGUUCGUCUGCAGCGAGAAAGGCCGAAGGCCGGAUAUGAAGAAGACAGACAAGAUUACUGAGUGGCCCGUUCCGUUCCACUCAAUAACUGAUGUCAGGAGCUUUCUUGGUACGUGUGGGUUUUGGAGGGCCUUCGUCAAGAAUUUUGCCGCUAAGACUGAGCACCUAAGGAAGUUAGUCCGUCAAGAUCAAGAAUGGGUUUGGGGUGAAGAGCAAGAAGAGGUGGUGGCCAGAAUGAAGGAAGAAUUUCGAGAAGGAGGGUUGGUGUUAGGAGCGCCAGACUAUGAUGCCACGGAGAUGCGACCCGUCAUUGUCAAAACAGAUGCGGGGCCGACUGCCUUAGGGGCAGUUCUAAUUCAGACAGACAUUGAGGGAAAGGAAAGACCCUUGCGUUUUGAGAGUCGGACUCUCUGUACGACAGAGAGGAACUACUCUCAGUUCAAAAGGGAGACCCUUGCUGUCCUCCACUGUCUACGGAUCUUCCGGAACUACAUCUUCGGCAGGAGAUUUAUUUUGAGAGUGGACCCGACCGCCCUGGCCUACUCUCUGAGGAAUUACGUUUCAUCGGAUCCGACGGUUGUCAGAUGGCUGACGUACAUCUGGAUGUUUAACUUCGAGUUGGAGCGGAUUCCUAGCAGUAAGAACCGGGCAGACGGGCUGAGUCGGAUCAACUGCGAUAAACAGGAAGGGGAGGCGGUGGAGAAUAUGCCCCCAGUUGAUGGAUUUUUGGACCAGGAAGAAGAUGUCCGUCUCCAUAUCAACAAGUGGUCGCCGCGAGUGCCUAGCUGUGUGGGUUAUCCGAUUUGGCAAGCGCCAAGGAAUGUGGACGAAAUGCCCGAGAGCCAUGAUGACGAGUUCGAGGAGGGGGAGAUUAAGGAGGCCUUUCGCGCAGAAGAGUAUGAUGGGAUCUACCUAGAGCUGGGGCUUCUCUUGUCUUGCGAGAUGCGACUAAGGGAUGCGAGCGAUAGGGCUCAGAGGAUGCUACAGCGCUACUUAGUGCGUGACGGCCACCUUUUUAUAAGAAGAGAAGUGGGGAAUCCUAGGAGAGUCGUCUGCGGUAGGAAUCGUCAGAUCGACGUCAUAGCAGCACUUCACGAUGGCAUUGCAGGAGGGCAUCGAGGGGUACAAGCCACGUAUGCCAAGAUAAGUGAGCUGUACUACUGGGAUGGGAUGAUGGACAUAGUCGAAAAUUUCUGCGAGGAGCGUGGAGGACCGGUAGAGGAGGUGCCUCGAGAGGAGGCGCCACAUGAGGAGAUGCCACAUGAGGAGGUGCCACGAGAGGAGGCGCCACAUGAGGAGAUGCCACGAGAGGAGGUCCGGGAUACUCAGCGAGAGAGAGGGCUAGGCGAUGGGGGAAGACGUGUAGGGAAGGAAGUGAUAGAGGUUGGAGAGGACACGCCCCCUCAGACGCCAGCAGCGGGCUUGAGACUAGGAGAUGCACCUGGGAGCACGCGCCAGACAGGAGAGGAGUUGCAGAGAAAAGAGGCCCCAUUGCCUUCAUCAGGAAAGGCUCCUUCGCUAGAGAGCAGGGCAGAAAGGAGGAGAGAGAGGGCAGCUGUAAGGAAAGAAGCCUUGACCCUGAUUGAUAGGCACUUAGCCGCUCAUGCCCUAGAGCACCCAGACCUAGAGGAGCCAGCACCUGCAGAGUCGCGCCAGGAGCCGCGCCAGCCCGAGGAGGAGGUGGAGGCAGAGAUCCCGAAGAGGGUCGACCUCCGCACGAGGGAAAGGGCGCCAGCUGGAGAGACAGCUGAGGAAAAAAGGGCGAGAAGGACCAGGAGGAUAAAAGAAAUAUGGUAAGAGAGGCAGAGGUUGGAAGCGGCUUGGAAACUUCCGGAG